AUGACUUCCAGAAAGCAGAGAGGUGAUUAUGACGGCAAAAUCGCCGGACUGUAUGAUUUAGAGGACACUAUCGGCCGAGGUCAUUUUGCUGUUGUGAAGCUGGCAAGACAUGUCUUUACUGGGGAAAAAGUAGCGGUUAAAGUCAUUGAUAAAACGAAAUUGGAUGAAGUUUCUCGUGCACAUUUAUUCCAAGAAGUGAGAUGCAUGAAAUUAGUUCAACAUCCUCAUGUUGUGAGAUUAUACGAAGUGAUAGAUACUCAAACAAAGUUAUAUUUGAUAUUGGAAUUAGGUGAUGGAGGUGAUAUGUAUGAUUACAUUAUGAAACAUAAAGCAGGCCUCCAGGAAAGUGCUGCAAGACUGUAUUUUAGACAAAUAGUGGAAGCUAUAUCGUAUUGUCACAAACUUCAUGUGGUUCAUAGGGAUUUAAAGCCAGAAAAUGUUGUGUUCUUUGAGAAAUUGGGAAUAGUGAAAUUAACUGACUUUGGUUUCAGCAAUAUGUUUAACCCUGGCAAACAAUUAGAAACUUCUUGUGGAUCUUUAGCUUAUUCAGCACCUGAAAUUUUAUUAGGAGAUUCUUAUGAUGCCCCAGCAGUAGAUAUAUGGAGUUUGGGAGUAAUAUUGUUUAUGUUAGUCUGUGGUACACCACCAUUUCAAGAAGUCAAUGAUAGUGAAACAUUAACAAUGAUAAUGGAUUGUAAAUAUAAAGUUCCUUCUACUGUUUCUCCUCAUUGUCAACAUUUAAUAUCCAGAAUGUUAGUUAGAGAACCAUCAAAACGAGCUAAUUUAAGUGAAAUAUUAAGUAAUCCCUGGUUAGUGUAUGGAUUAGAAUGUGGUAUAGAUUAUUUACCAUCAAGUAUGCCAUUAAUAUCCAGAGAACAUGUCUCAGAGGAAGAUCAUGAAUAUGUUAUACAGAAGAUGGUUGAAGGGAAAAUAGCACUGAAAGAAGAGAUUUUAGAGUGA